AUGACAUUUUUGGUCAAUGAGACUUGGCCACUCGCCUUGUUAAACGGAGAUAAUGGUGUUAGGAUAGCCAAUACCACGAGUGCGGUUGAAAGUGAUGGAUAUGUUAUCGCCGUUUCCAUCGCUAUAUUGUCCCUGACGAUCAUCGGUUCUUUGGGUAUCCUUUCUUCAAUGUUAUGGUUGGAAUGUCAUGGUAGACCAACAACAACAAGAACAAGAGCUGUAGAAUCUUUGGUUGUGUCGGAUUUGAUGCUUGGGAUCGUCGGUCUCAUAGGAAAUGCGGUAGACAUGAGCAUAGGUUUGAAAGAUGGGACACCAACUUGUGAUGGUUUAGGAUUCAUGUUAACGACCGUCUUUUGGAUACAACACAUGUGUACACUUUUAUUGGCGUUUACAACCUAUAUGAUACUCAUCUACCCCUUACACUCCAUCACCUCUCUGAUUGAAAAACGUUGGAUCUACAUAUGGAUAUCAGUAUAUAUUAUCGCCAUAGCAGUGGGGGUACUAGGUUACGAACUUUAUGGUUACUUUCCUAAUGGCGGAAUUUGUUAUUAUGGUCAAAACUCCGGUCUUUAUGGUGAACUCAUCCAAUUUAUCCCAAGAGGUUUUGUUUUCAUCUGUGUGACGUUCUUCUACUCUAGACUCUUCGUCUUCCUCCGUCGACCCGAUAAAAUCCGAUCUCCAUAUACGAAUUCACCUACUGGAGGAUCUUUCGAUAUGUCACAUAUCGUUUUUCGGGCUCCUGCUAAAGGUGUCAUGUCCCUCCUCAGGAAAAAACAUUCCGAUCCUAAUAAUCACCCAAUUCAUAUUGUGGAACCUAAACAAACACCAGAUCCACAAUCACCACAAUCCGACCAAUCGCCGAACGUAGGAGAAAUUCAAGCAAGACGACGAAGUUCAACUACACAACCUAUGACUCCUGACAGAGCCCCUUCUGGUGAAGUCGCCCGUGGUGAAACCCCUCCGUGGGAACAUGUCGAAUUACCUGUUUUCCAAGUGGACGGACAGAGAUAUGGUGGGUCGUCAGGAACUGGUCGAUCUUCUACCACAAGUCUUUGGGGAAAUUGGCGCGGAUUAAGUGGAAAGGAAUAUAGAAAACGAUCUUCCAUCGCAUCAUCUUCAAGUCCUAGAACUAAAGUCACACGUAUGAACUCUCUCUCUUCUGGUCGAUCUGUCAUUACAGCGUUUUCUUCUCCUCGAUCUCAACCUAAUCGUCUUGACCCCGUCACUUCCACCGCUAUCCACGUCGAGUUCGCUCCUGAUGACGAUGAUGCUCCCACUCAAUUACCUUCAUCCUUUCACUCUUCCCAACCACUACUUUUCCUCGAUCCACGAAGAAGACGAUCCGCAGAACUUUCAGCUAGCAUAGCUUCGAGCUUUGGAGUUCGUACUCGACAACUCUCUGGAAUCUCUCCUAUAUCCCUCGAUCAUUCUGCAGCAAUCCCAUUUCCUUCGUUAGCGAACAACGAGUCUCCCUCAGGACCAUACGAUCCUCAAACACGUCGGCCGUCCGUUUUAUCAACGACUACGGCUGGCACUGUGGAAUCAAAGGAUUCUUCAGGGGCAGGACCUCCAAUCGUUGUUCCAACAACUACGACAGGUGGUCAUCAAGAACCACCACCAUUCGUCCAGCCCAGUCUAUCGGAUAGAGAUUCAACAGAUGUCGAGAAUCAACGUGGGGCGGAAGAUGAAGAAGAGGAUGAAUUCGAUUUGAUGAGAAUGUUACAAGAAUCUCGACCACCAGGAACAGGGGAUGAAAGAGUCGCUCAGGACGAAGGAGAGAUAGUGGAGUUUGUACCUGAAUCAAUGGCCAGUUAUCUGAAUAGAAAAACGGCUUUGUUGAUGUUGUGGUUUCCUCUCGCUUAUGUAUUCUUGUUCUCAGUAUCUCUCAUCCGUAUCAUCUACGACUUUGUAGGUACUCCCCCAACUGCCCUUAGAGCAGUAUCACGUUGGUUCAUCUUUGCCCAAGGCAUGUUAGAUGCUAUCAUCUAUGGUUUAGUCGAGUGGCAUACAAAACGUGUCGUCCGCCGACGAGUUCGUAAAGGUCAUUUUAGUCCCUCUGGUACACAUCAAUCCAACCAAACAGGUUCUUUCCUGACUGGCUCCCGAUUCCUCGGUUCUAGAGGAUCUGCCGUCCGUCCACCUCAUCAAACGGUCACUCGUCUCAGUCCGAUCGUCUCACAAGCUCCUUCUCCUGCCCCUCCUACAUCUUCACAAGUCGGUCCGAUGGGGUCAAUAGGUAUGGAAGAACAUGAGACACCUUCGAUCUUACAAACGUUGUAUUUACGGAAAGGCAGUUUGGCAACUAGCGAUGGCACCACGAGAGAGAUGAGGGAUAUCAAGGAAGAGACUUGAGCUUUUGUGAAGUCAUUGAAUAUCUUCGGUUGUUCAACUCAUGUUGUUUUUCCGAUUGUUUUGUGUUGUUGUGUUGUAUUUGUAUCCCAUCAGAUCACAGGAAGUCCAUAUCACGCAUCGAAAAGGAGGUUAGGGCGAGAGGAAAAGGGAAAGGAGGAUAAAAACAAUCACAUCUAGGUACCUAUCUACAUAUAUAGCAUAUAAGACAUAAAACAUCAAGUUAUACAGGAAACUAGUUUGCUACAUUUGUUGUCAACAAGAAACAUGUUAUCAUGAAUAUUUAUACACCAAUUCCAG